AUGUUAAGAUUUGUCCAGCAGUCACAUGUGCUGAAGAGCAGAGUAUCCAACCAGUUUGUGUCCGCGAGCGCGCGGUCGCCAUUCCAUCACUCGCUGCGGUUCAACUCAGCGGUCGCGAUGGACCGGACCCCUUCGCAGGAGGCCGCUGCCGUGGCGCCGGCGCCCCCUAAUGUUGCCAAGGCCGUGGACAAGGUACGUGCUAUGCGCAAGAACAUCAAGAUCAACAAGCAGCUGUCUGCAACGCCCGAUUCGCCCUGGUUCCACAAGGUGUGCGCUUUCGAAGACUGCGUUGCCCAGACCCUAUACAUGUCGCAAACUCCACGCAGACGCAACAACAAUAACAAUAACAAUGGCAGGCGCGGCCAACAGCAGCCGCUGGCCGCCUCCAAUACAAACCCGCUUUUCUGGGACUCAAUAGGCCGCGCCAUGGGCCUCUAUCGCGAGCUGCUUGGAACUCCGGAGCUUAACAGCGACCGCGUCUCUAAGUUAGUUCACCUGCUACACAACGGGUUGCGUGCAAACCGUAACCAGCUCACACGUAUGAACAAGAAGCCGGACUACGACUCGCAGUCUUUCCACAAAGAAAUGACCAAUUACCUAUGUGAGUCCCUUCGAGAAAUUUCUCAGGACGUUCUUUCUGCAAAGGUCGAGCUCAACGAGUAUGGUGCCAUGCAUCUAAUCACCGCUUUCAAGGAGCUUCUUCUUUUCGAGGAGGCUGUGAGCAUCUGGCGUUCGGCAAUCAACGGCAACAGUAAUUACACCGCCAACAUAUUUUUGAACCCAAGGGUUGUCGGCGUUGUUCUGCCCAUUCUCUAUGAUAACGGGGUGACAUAUGCUGAAAUACAGGAGCUCUACGAGAAGUCAUCUGCCAUGAUCAACUACUUCCACCCCAAUCUGUCCGUGGGAAUGAUUCGUGCCUCUUUAAGCGCUGGAGAAAAUGAAAUGGCUUUGACACUAUUCCAGAAGCUUUGCGAAGAGUCCAGCGAGAUGAAGUACGGCUACCUGAUAGAGACGCAUCUCUCCUUCAUUGGUGAAUGCAAAGACUUAAACAUCUCUCAGGCCUUUUUUGACAAAGCUUUGAACAACGAGAUGCCUUACAAGAUCGACUUGCAGGUUUCAUAUGUCAAAUCUUUUUUGAAGAACAUCUGGUCUCAAACGCAUGACUUCCAAAAGGUUUACGAUAUCUGGUACAAAUCCUCUGUUCACUACGGUCGCGAUGUGAACCACGGAAUUUCGUCAUCACUGAACGACACUUUCUUCGACAUCUUUUUUGAGCACUAUUCUCAAGACAAAAUCAUUGGUCUACAGCAGCUUCAAGAAAUGAUCAGCAUUUACAACAACAUCAAGCCUAUUGACGAGCCUUUUUUCAACAUUAUCUUGACCAAAUGUACGGUGUGGAGAGACCGCCAAAUCAUCGAGUCCAUUGACAAGGCCUACGAUCUUUACCAGAUCCCAAGAACUAUUGUAGCAUACAGAAUCCUUUUGAAGUCCAUGGGUUCGGUACACGUUACCAACGAGGAGAUUUUCCAGCGUUGGUGCAACCUGGUCAAAAAGUCUGACGAAAUUGGCCAGUCGUUCAUAGCCAACGCAGACUGGGCUGCUCUGAGAGAUGCCACUGUGACAUGGACUCAACUUUACAGCCAACCAGAUGAUCUCUAUAGCGACGGUUUCAAUGCCGCAAUGCAGGCCGCGAACGCUUCUGGCGCCUUUGACGAUAUUCCUCAACAAACACAACAACAACAGCCAAAUGAUAGACUGGAGCUUUACAUGAAAAUUGUUAAGCGUUACAGCCCUUUCUGUCGUGACUCUAGACAGCUUUCGCGUCUAACUUCGGGUACUGCUGUGAAAUACCCAGUGUUACAACAAGCAUUGUCUAAAUUUAACGAUUUGGACGUUAGCGACGUCUAUAUUCCUCAAUUCCACAACUUGGUGGCUCAAAAUUAA